CCGCCCCCGUGCUGCUGGGCGGUGGCGACGGCGGCGGCCCGCAAGGAUUUGAAACCGUUUCGCGGUGGCGGCGGUGGGGGUGGCGGCGCGGCGGCCGACCGGAAAGCUUGCAUACUGAAUUAUGGAAAUGGGAAGUGAAGAAGAAAAGUGGGAGAAGCUGGAUGCAGAAUUUGAUCACUUUGUGGUAGAUAUGAAGCCCUUUGUUCUAAAAUUACCUCAUAGGUCAGAACGACAGAGGUGUGCGCUUUGGAUCAGAAAGCUGUGUGAGCCUUCAGGAACAGGUGCAGGACUAAUGGGCAGGAAGAAUCGGAACCUGUAUGCCAAACUGUUACUGCAUAUGCUUAAGCGAGGAGCUCUCGAAGGCCCCUUUACACACCGACCGGAACCAGGCACGCUGAAAACCUUACCUUCCUACAUGUCCAUCUAUUUUGAUGAACCAAAUCCAGCACGAGCAAAAGUUUCAAGCCCGGAAGGAUUACCAGACUGGGUAAUGGGUGAGCUGGGAACCAGUGACCACAAAUUAAAUGAAUCGUGGAAGCUUUCUUCUGGAGAAGAUUACUCUUUGGUGCAGUCGCCGACUGAUGUGCACAGUAGGAACCAAUAUACUGCGAAGCUCCAAACAAGAUCACAUUCUGUGAGUCCAACCUCCAGAGAAGAUGGACAAAAUAUUACCCCAAAGAGUUGUGAAGUUCAUCCCCAAAGAUCUGCUCUUUCUUUGGAUGACAGCGACAUCGAAGCUCGCCUUAAUAGUUGGAAUCUUGGGAUAGAAAAUCCUCGGUACCUGAGACAGAAGCCUAUCCCAGUUGCUCUGAUGACCCCCAAAUUUAGCCUGAGAAAAUCCAGCAGCCUCCAUGAUGAUCCUCUACUCUUCCGAAUGCACGAGAAAGAGUUGGACAUAAAAACAAAAAUGAUAGAAGCCAAAUGCCAUGAGGAGAAGCUGAAACUGCAGCAGAAACAUGAUGCCGAUGUUCAGAAGAUUUUAGAAAGAAAGAAUAAUGAAAUAGAAGAAUUGAAAAUUUUAUACAAAAAGAAACAAAAUGAAAUGGAGGAGACUGUUAGAAAACUUGAAAAGAAAGUUCAGAUCCUUAUACGUGACUGUCAAGUUAUCAGAGAGACCAAAGAAAACCAGAUUACAGAGCUAAAAAAGAUAUGUGAACAGAGUACCGAAUCUCUGAAUAAUGACUGGGAAAAAAAGCUCCACAAUGCCGUGGCAGAAAUGGAAAAGGAGAAGUUUGAUCUUCAAAAGCGGCACACGGAAAAUAUUCAAGAGUUGCUCGAGGACACAAAUGUACGUCUGAAUAAAAUGGAGGGUGAAUACAUGGCACAGACACAGUCCACGAACCAGAUGGUCAAGGAACUGGAGUCCCGUGUCCAGCAGCUGACUGGAGAAGCAGAGAACAGUAAUUUACAGAGACAGAAAUUAAUUCAAGAAAAAUUGGAGCUUGAGAGAAUUUACCAGAUAGCGUGUAAUGAACUGCAAGAAGUAAAGGCAAGGCGCAACUCACUACAUAAAGAGAAAGAUCACCUUGUGAAUGAUUAUGAACAAAACAUGAAACUACUACAAACCAAAUAUGAUGCUGAUAUAAACCUUCUGAAAAAGGAACAUGCUCUUUCAGCUUCUAAGGCAUCUGGUAUGAUUAAAGAACUAGAACAGAACAUCUGUCAAUUAAAACAGCAGCUCCAGGAAUCAGAACUUCAAAGAAAGCAACAGCUAAGGGAUCAAGAAAAUAAGUUUCAAAUGGAGAAAAGUCAUUUAAAACACACCUAUGAGAAAAAGACUCAUGACCUGGAGAGUGAACUUGGUCAAGAGAAAGAAGAAGCUCAAAAGAAAAUCCAUAAACUUGAGGAAGCACUGAAGGAGAAAGAGGAGCAGCUGACUCGUGUGACUGAAGUUCAGAGGUCGCAGGCCCAGCAGGCGGACGCUGCCCUGGAAGAGUUUAAGCGGCAGGUGGAACUGAACUCAGAGAAAGUCUACGCCGAAAUGAAAGAGCAGAUGGAAAAAGUAGAAACAGAUCUAACCAGAUCCAAGUCUCUUCGCGAGAAACAGUCAAAGGAGUUUUUAUGGCAGCUGGAGGACGUCAAACAACGAUAUGAACAGCAGAUAGUAGAGCUGAAGCUGGAGCAUGAACAGGAGAAGACGCACCUAUUACAGCAGCAUAACGCAGAGAAGGAUAGCCUAGUCCGAGACCAUGAACGGGAAAUUGAAAACCUGGAAAAACAGCUUCGCGCUGCCAAUAUGGAGCACGAAAAUCAAAUUCAAGAGUUCAAGAAACGAGAUUCACAGGUUAUUGCCGACAUGGAAGCCCAAGUUCACAAGUUGAGAGAAGAGCUGAUUCACGUGAACUCCCAGCGGAAACAGCAGCUGGUGGAACUCGGCCUUCUUCGUGAAGAGGAGAAGCAAAAGGCUGCAAGGGACCACGAGACCGCGGUCUAUAAGCUGAAGGCCGAGUCAGAAAAGAUGAAGUUGGAGCUGAAGAGGGCUCAUGCCGCUGAGACAGACGUGGCGUUGGAGAAGGCCAACAGCAGGCUGAAGCAGAUCGAGAAGGAAUACACCCAGAAGCUCGCCAAAUCUUCACAGAUCAUAGCAGAACUUCAGACAACCAUUUCCUCUCUGAAAGAGGAGAACAGCCGGCUGCAGCUUUCUGCAGAAAGACGGCUCCAGGACGUUACACAGAAGUUUGAAGAUGAGAAGAAGCAGCUGAUUAGAGAUAAUGACCGAGCAAUCAAGGCUUUGCAAGACGAACUAGAAAACCGCUCUAACCAAGUGCGACGUGCAGAGAAAAAACUACAACACAAGGAACUGGAGUCACAGGAACAGAUAACUUAUAUACGGCAAGAAUAUGAAACAAAAUUCAAAGGAUUGAUGCCAGCAUCUCUAAGGCAAGAGCUUGAAGACACCAUUUCCUCCCUCAAGUCACAGGUUAAUUUUCUGCAAAAGCGAGCGUCCAUCCUUCAGGAAGAACUGACGACCUACCAAGGGAGAAGGUAACCGCACGGAGGCUUAAAGGUGGCAGACGCACCCGGGCUUAUACUGUGGACUUCUUCCAGCAGGUUUGAAGAUUUGGAUGUUGUAGAAUAAACUGUGAGAUCAGUGAACGUUUUUUAAUACUUAAAUGUAAUUAAGAUCAUAAACACGUGCAGCACUCAGACGCUACAGGGUGGUUUUUAUUUGUGUCUGCCUAAGUUAUUUUUUUUUUUUAACCUUUCUUUAUUUCUGAUUUCCAUAUUUGCAUGCAUUUGAGCGUGGACUGAGAGUUGCUUCUGCGGGGAAAAGAAAUGAUGGCUCAUAAGAUGCCUCGUUGACGCGUUUGCGUAGGAUUUUACCAGUCGCGUACGAUCAACAUCACGUUUGUAGUGUCGCGUCCCAAAUUUGAACAUGCUUCCCUUGUUUUCAUGUUCAUGUAUGAUUAAAACAUUAUAUUUUGUACUUA